GCCAACCUUACCUCACAAAGUGCCCUUUGAUGAUGCUGCCAGCUGAGCUAGUUAAUGUCCAACUCCCAAUGCCAUUUCAUCAUCUUUCCUUGGGGCCAACCAUGUCCGAAUAUCAGGGCAGCAUUCUAGGAUCCCAUGGCUCGCAGGUGCACAAUGAGCAAUAAUAAGCCAACAAUGAUAAGGCAUCCACCAACAAUUGUUUGUUACAUCUGUGGCCGUGAAUAUGGGACCAAAUCGAUCAGUAUCCAUGAGCCACAGUGUCUGAAAAAAUGGUAUAAUGAAAACAACUUGUUGCCUAAAGAGCUAAGGAGACCAGAACCAAAAAAACCAGAAGUUAGAACCAUUUCUGCCAAAGGGUUCUACGAUCUGGUUGCCUUAAACGAAGCUGCCUGGCAAAGCUCCCAGAGCCAGCUGGUUCCCUGCAGUGUUUGUGGGCGAACCUUCCUGCCAGACAGACUGAUUGUUCACCAGCGAUCUUGUAAACCGAAAGCCGCCAAGUAAAGCCCUUUCCUCAGC